AUGAUGAAUGAUUUGGGAUUCUACGCAUUGCACUUUGAGGAAGUUCGGGAUUGGGUUACCUUAUGCAAUUUGACCAUUCAAUCUUCUUUAUCGAAUCGAGUCAUUGAAGCACAACAACACGACGAGGAGGCGGAGGAACUUCGUACCAAAUUCCUUAGUGGGAAUGCUCAAGAAGGGUGGAUGAUUCAUACCAACCGAGGCUUGCGUUAUCAAGAAAAGUUGUUAGUACCUGUGAUUGUGGACCGUUUGACUAUAACCGCUCAUUUCUUGCCUAUUCAAGUUACAGAUUCAGUUGACACGCUUAGCCGUUUGUACAUUCGGGAGAUCAUUCGACUUCAUGGGAUUCCCAUUUCGAUUGUGUCCGAUCGAGAUCCGAGAUUUACUGCGCAUUUUUUGCAAAGUUUGCAAGCUGCACUUGGCACGAAUCUUUUGUUUAGCACUGCGUUUCAUCCUCAAACGGAUGUGCAAUCUGAGAGAAUGAUUCAGAUUUUAGAAGAUAUGUUGCAGGCUUGCGUUAUGGAUUUUCAGGGUAAUUGGGAAGAUCACUUGCCACAAAAGGACUAUGCCGAUCGUCGCCAUCAUCCUUUAUCUUUUGAAGAGGGGGAUCAUGUGUUUCUUAAGGUAUCGCCGCGUCAAGAUUUGUCUCAUUUUGGGCAAAAAGAGAAGCUUUCGCCGCGUUAUAUCGGGCCAUUAGACAUUAUCAAGAAGAUUGGGGAAGUUGCGUAUCGCUUGGCUUUACCUCCGAAGCGAUCGAGAGUGCACGAUGUUUUCCAUGUGUCUAUGUUGAGGAAAUACGAACCGGAUCCAUCGCAUGUCCUCAAAUGGUCCGAACUUAAGCUCGAAGCUGAUGCGUCUUAUGGGGAGGAAUCGAUAUGUAUCCUAGAUUCAUGUGACCAAGUUUUAAGGGGUAAAACAAUACCGUUGGUUCGAGUUUUGUGGAGCAACCAAGGGAAGGAAGAGUCUAUGUGGGAAAGGGAGAACGAAGUUAGAGAGAAGUAUCCACACAUAUUUCCGGUUUGA